AUGAAAAGUGAUACAAUUGUGGUCGUUUCGAUUUUAUUAAUUUCAACAACAUUCCCUAGCUUUGGAGAUGGAGCAAAAAUUCUAUCUAUCUUUGGUUAUCCCGGACCAUCGCAAUAUUUUUUCAUAUCACCUCUGCUGAAAGGUUUGGCGAAAAGGGGCCAUGAAGUUGUUUCCAUUUCAACUUUCCCACAAAAGGAACCAGUACAGAAUUUUCGCGAUAUUGCCGUAAUGGAAAAUUCGCAAUUAUUUGAGAUCACUGACUCAUACUUCUCGGAGUUUAUGAAUUUGGCUCGUACCGGUGAGACAAUGGUCACAAAUAUUCUCGAAAAUCCCGAAGUAAAGAACGUGUUGGCGGAAGAAAAAUUUGAUCUACUUAUUGUAGAAAUAUUUUUCUCUGAAGCUUUAUUGGGGUUGGGAGAAUAUUUCAAGGCACCUGUUAUUACGGUAUCCACCUUCGGUACUGUUAACUUCAUGGAUUAUUUAGUACAAAAUCCAUCACCAUUAUCAUAUGUACCCCAUCUUGCCAUGCCAUAUGGUGAUCAUAUGUCCCUCCUCGAAAGAAUGCAUAAUGUGAUAAUGCAAACACUGGAUGAUUUAAACUUCAAUUAUUGCAUGAUGCCACUACAAGAGGAGCUGUAUCGGAAAUAUUUCCCCCAAGCCACCUUGACUUUGGAUGAGGCGCGUAAAAAUGUAUCCUUGGUGUUGCUGAAUGACCACUUCAGCCUGCGUUCCGCCCGGCCAUAUGUACCCAAUAUGAUUGAGGUUGGUGGCUUGCACAUAAAACGUCAACCCGAUCCAUUGCCUCAAGAUUUGCAAGAAUUAUUGGAUAAAUCGGGACAGGAUGUUAUUUACUUUUCGCUGGGUUCCAAUGUUAAAAGUAAAGAUUUAUCAAAGGAAAAAAUAAAAAUGUUCUUGGACGCAUUUCGUAAUUUAAAAUACACCAUUUUGUGGAAAUUCGAAAAUGACACCUUGCCAAAUAAACCGAAGAAUGUCAUAAUUCGGAAAUGGUAUCCUCAACCAUCGGUAUUGGCUCAUCCCAAGGUUAAAUUGUUCAUUUCGCAUGGUGGUUAUUUAAGUACCACGGAAACAAUAUUUCAUGGUAAACCAAUUCUCGGCAUACCUCUACUGGGAGAUCAAUUUAUGAAUGUUAAGAAUGCUGUAAAUGCAGGAUAUGCCUUAAGUCUUAGCCUGGAGCAGGUUACAUCCGAAUCCUUAAAGAAAACUAUUUUGGAACUCUUAACAAAUCCCAUUUAUACACAGAAUGUGCAGCGCCGCUCCAAACAGUUUAGAGAUACCCCACUGACACCUUUGGAAACUGCCAUCUAUUGGGUGGAAUAUGUGUUGCGUCAUGAAGGAGCUGUUCAUAUGCGUAAUGCCGGUGUUGAUUUGAAUUUCUUUCAAUAUCAUAAUAUUGAUGUUUAUUUAAUAUUGUUGACCGCUUUGGUUGCUAUUGUUAAAUUGUUAAUUGUUUUUGUACGUUUAGGGAAACAUCUGUUUGUAGAUGCUGAUCAUAAUGAUGGGAAAUCGAGAAAAGCUAAAAUAAAUUGA